AUGGCUUACGGUUUCGUUGGCAUCGUCCACAUCGCGGCCAUUGUCUUUGGCGUCAUCGAGCUCGGCCUCACCGCGUACCUCGUUUCCUUCUUUGACCAUGACGGCUACUCCACCUCGCCCUCCAUCCUCAACUUUAUGCUCUUCAACGCCAUCUGGUCCAUUCUCGUCCUGCUCUACGUCGGCGUCACCCCGCUCUACUUCACCCGCGUCUUCCACCGCCUCGCCUCGCUCGCCCUCGAAUGGAUCACCAUGAUCUUCUGGUUCGCCGGCAGCAUUGCCCUGGCCGUCGACGUCGGGGGGCCUGUGAACUGCGGCGGCAACCACUACUGCGGCUCCCUCGAGGCCGCAAUUGCCUUUGGCUUCUUUCUGUGGGCGCUGUUCGGCGUCCUGGUCGUCGUGGACACCAUCGAGUCGCUGCGCUCGCGCGGCCACACCGUCAAGACGGGCGGCAUCGCAGCACGCGUUUAA